GCAACAGGAUUGCGCUCGCAUUUUAAGCUUGACUUUACCGAUGUCUGUCGCCAUUACUUCGGUCGAACCGGGGCUCUGAUCUCUCUUAUCUUCUCUCUGAUCUCAAUCUUCGGUGCUCUUAUCGUCUACUAUAUUCUCCUCACCAGCUUUCUCUACCACUCCGGCGAGUUCAUCUACGGUGGGACUUCUGCACAUUCACGUUUCUGA